GGCUUAAUUUCAGCGCGCAGGUUGACGCUGCUGACGCCGCUCCUCCGCCAUCUUCAACUUCCUAUUGUUUGCAUCAGACUGAGGCUGUCUGCGGUGUGUGCCAGAGAGAGCAGAGUCGACCGCGGAUAUAUUAUUAAAUAGUAGAUUUAGUCUUUACGUUCGGGUCGCUAAAGUUCAGCACAAACCAUUUGUAUGUCACUGGAUUAAAAGCUUUCUCAGGACGAAACCACUAAACCUUGAUGAUGGAGGACGAUCAACCCAGAACCUUGUAUGUGGGGAAUCUGUCCAGGGAUGUCACCGAGCCCCUCAUUCUGCAGGUCUUCACACAGAUAGGCCCCUGCAAGAGCUGUAAAAUGAUAGUCGAUACAGCUGGCAAUGAUCCGUACUGCUUCGUGGAGUUCUAUGACCACAGGCAUGCUGCUGCCUCAUUGGCAGCUAUGAAUGGAAGGAAAAUAAUGGGUAAGGAAGUCAAAGUCAACUGGGCCACGACACCAACCAGCCAGAAAAAAGACACAAGUAAUCAUUUUCAUGUUUUUGUUGGCGACCUCAGCCCAGAAAUAACCACAGAAGACGUCAAAGCUGCCUUUGGUCCAUUCGGCAGGAUAUCAGAUGCUCGUGUUGUGAAAGACAUGGCUACAGGGAAAUCUAAAGGCUAUGGCUUCGUGUCUUUCUUUAACAAAUGGGAUGCAGAGAAUGCCAUUCAGCACAUGGGGGGGCAGUGGUUAGGAGGCAGACAGAUUCGAACUAACUGGGCCACAAGAAAGCCUCCCGCCCCAAAGACCACCCAUGAAAAUAACUCCAAGCAUCUCUCUUUUGAUGAAGUAGUGAAUCAGUCCAGCCCCAGUAACUGCACUGUGUACUGUGGUGGAGUCAGCACAGGACUGACGGAGCAACUAAUGAGACAGACCUUCUCCCCCUUUGGACAAAUCAUGGAAGUCAGAGUUUUUCCUGACAAAGGAUAUUCAUUUGUCAGGUUCAACUCCCAUGAGUCAGCAGCCCAUGCCAUUGUGUCCGUGAAUGGCUCUUCUAUAGAGGGGCACAUAGUCAAAUGCUACUGGGGUAAAGAGACCCCAGACAUGAUGAACUCCAUGCAGCAGAUGCCUGUGCCACAACAAAACAAGAUGGGCUUUGCUGCAGCUCAGCCUUAUGGCCAGUGGGGACAGUGGUACGGCAAUGGGCCCCAGAUUGGCCAGUAUGUCCCCAACGGGUGGCAGGUCCCCACCUACGGUGUCUACGGGCAGGCUUGGAAUCAGCAGGGCUUCAAUCACUUACCGGCCAGUGCUGGGUGGACUGGCAUGAGCGCCAUCAGUAACGGUGGGGUUAUGGAGCCUACACAGGGAUUGAAUGGGAGUAUGCUAGCCAACCAGCCCGGUAUGGGAGCCGCAGGAUACCCCACACACUGAUAAGUGGGCAGGGUGGGAGAUUUGUCAACCAUCAGCCUCUUGCUGGCUGUACGGUGCCCUGCGGGGCUGUGUAACACUGCCUCCAUUUUGUGGCAGGACUGAGACUUUACUGGGAUGUGGAACCUAAUGAGAAGGGUGACGUCUGUGGAGAUGUAAAUGGGAUUUCUUGGGGUGGGCUGAGGUAACGGGAGCCAGGGAGCAGCAGUUUGACCCACACAGGUAUUUACACCAUUUGUGGUAGGAAAGACUGGCCAUGAACCAGGGCUCUUACCAUUUUUAAGUUAACUGUAAAUGAAUUAUAAAACUGUAAAGGAGAAUCUCUUUUUUUCCUGGGUUUUACAGAUUGCCUCCAUUUUCACUUCUUUCCUCUCGACCACUGAGAGGUUUCUUUUCUCUUUUUCUUUUUUUUGGAACUGAGUCAUGCUAAGUUAUGAUCCUUAAUUAUCUGAGGAAUGGAAAUUUGUUCUAAUUUUCUCUUGGAUUAAAAACAAUUGCAGGGAUUGUUGCCACUGCUGUUUCUCUGUAAGGGCAGAUUAAUAUUGCACAGUUCUUUCCUCUCUUGGAUUUCCCAGAAAAAUUUGACUACCAAGAGCAUUUUUCUUUUUUUCUUUUCUUUUUUGCAUUCCAUUUCUCCUUCAUAUCUUUCUGACAGCCUCAAAACUUUUUUCGCCACGUGUAAAUAACCAUCCAUUCAUUUGAAACGAUGUAAGUAAAAUGCUACUGUUAACUGUGGGUGCUUGUUUUUCUUUUUUUUGUUUUUGUUUUGAUAACUCGACAGUUAACUCGAACAUUGUACGUAGCAGAGUGGCACCAUCAAAGGUGACACUGGCACAGUGCAACACGCGACUCUUCCAUGCAGGGAUAAGACAGCAUUGCUAUGCAGUGCAUACUUUAAAAUUUAACACGAUUCAAACGUUAAAGUGUGAACAUGUUUGACACUUCUGAUGUUUCUUUCUUUUUUUUUUUCUUUUUUUUUUAAAUAUCUAUUGAAACGCCAGUAUUUUAUAUCAGACAAAUCUGAGUGUAUUCAGCUUUACACUUGCUCUUUUUGCCAGAGAGAUGGAGAGGCCUACAUUGUGUAACUGUUGCCUUAUAGAGCUGGUUUCUUUUAGCUGACAAGAUACUCUUUUUAAUUAGGCAGUGCCUACAGACCUUUUCAGACCUUUUUGUUUCGAAAGGUGUUAGUCCUGAGAACCGAUGACUCUGCUACUGUAAUCAAUGUUUUCUUGCUUUGUCCAAUUAAAAUGCUAAUGCACAUAAACCACA